CUUUCGAUGACACUCUUGAAGUUCAGGAAGUGUAAGUAUAUUCAACAUCAUAAUGUAUAACAUAUAACUUAAUGCCGAUCAAACAAUUAUAUAUAUUAUAUAUUUUCAAGUUUAUGUAUUUUAAUAACACAAUUUUCUAUUGACAUAACAGAUCAAUGGAGGAGGAUAUUCUUGCGGAGGAGCAGGAGGUGGAAGAUCCUCUAUACACGUUGGUAUUGGACGGCUCACAGAAAUCAAAACCCAAGCUGGUAGACAGGAAUGGAUUCACCUACGUAAUAAAGGAGGUCACUCAGAAUAAGAUUGACUACAGAUGUAGCAAACGUCCCUGUAAGGCAACUGUUGCCGAGACCAAUUCAACAGGAGACAGAGUGCCAGGCAAACAUAACCACAGCCACACAGCAGAGGCAGGCAAAAUUGUUUCAGUCCAAGUAAGAGCUCAGGUGAGUAGUACUUUAUAUUGA